GCAGCGCGGUGACUUCACACUCAGCAGCAUGUGCAGCUGAGGCCUCCCUCAGCAGUCCCCGCGAGGCGGGCAGCGGGCAGCUUGGCAGCCGCCGCCUCUCCAACCCCGAUCUGGCCGCAGGCAGCCGACUCCCCAGGACCCGAGGAAGUGAUGGCCGAACAGGAAGCCAGUGGGCUGCAGGUCCUGCUGCGCACGCUCCAGAGCUGCUCCGACAGAGAGUCCAUCCUGACCAUCCUCCAGGUCCUCGGAGAUCUGCUUUCUGUUGGCACAGACCGGAGGAUUCGCUACAUGAUCAGCAAGGGAGGCAGCGAAGCCCUCCUGCAGACCCUGGUGGACACAGCGAGGACGGCUUCUCCCGACUAUGACAUCCUCCUGCCCCUCUUCCGGCUGCUGGCCAAAGUUGGCCUGCGAGAUAAAAAGUUUGGACAGAAGGCACUGGAAUUGGAAGCACUUGAUGUGACAUUGAUUCUGGCCAGGAAAAACGUGUCCCACAGCCAGAACCUCCUCCACUGUCUCUGGGUUCUGCGUGUGUUUGCCUCUAGUGUCACCACGGGAGCCAUGCUGGGAAUUAACGGAGCGAUGGAACUGCUUCUCAAGGUCAUCACCCCUUACACCCAGAAGCGCACCCAAAUAAUCAGGGCAGCCGCUGACGUUCUGGCAGCAUUGCUGAAAUCCAAGUCCAACAGCCGCAGGGCCGUGAACAGAGGCUACGUCACCAGCUUGCUCAGGCUGCAUCAGGACUGGCACAGCCACGACACUGCCAAUUCCUACGUGAUGAUCCGCCGGGGGCUUCUGCUCUGCCUCAGGCAUAUUGCCAACCUCCGGUCUGGCAGGGAGGCCUUCCUGGCAGCUCAGGGCAUGGAGAUCCUCUUCAGCUCCACACAGAGCUGCCUGGAUGACAGAAGUCUGGAACCGGUCAUCUCCAUUGUGCUCCAGAUCCUGAGGCAGUGCUUCCCUAAGAGUCCGCUUCCCUUGGUCACAGCCAGCAGUGCCUAUUCCUUCCCAGUGCCUGGGAGCCUUGCCUCUGAGCCUCCCCAUGCUCUAACUGAAGAAGAUUUUGAAGAUGAUGGCGAUGAAGAGGAAAACAAAGACUCGGAUUCUGAAGAUGGGAAAGAGGAAUAUGAUGACUUGGAAACAGACGUAAACAAGCUGAGCACCAAACCUGGUCUUGACCGACCUGAAGAGGAACUAACGCAAUAUAAAGCGAUGUGUCUUGAGCUCUCCUGCAGCUUUGAGGAACUGGAGUCCAAACCUGGAGAUGAUUUGAAAUUUGAUGAGACUCAGUCUGCCAAUCACCACCACAUUCCAAUUGCUGCCUCCCCAAAGGAGCAUUGCUUGAACAAGGACCAAAUCUCCUGGGGGCAAGAAAGAGAAUCCCCAGUUCAGACCUCCCUUCUGAGCAGGGUGAAGAUGGGGAGGUCCAGUAUACACCUAGCCUCCAAAAAAGGAGCUGGCAUGAACCCAUACCAAAAUGCACAGUUCAAUGGUCUUGGGAUAGGUUCUUCUGGAAGUGAAAUCCCAGACAUUCAGGCAUCUCUCAAGGAGGAUGCUUGGGACAUAGAUGCGAUUUCCUGCCCAAGGAUGAGUGCCUCCUUUGUCAAUUCCAGUAGGCCUAGAGAAACUGCUGAAUUAACAGAUAAGCUUCUGCAGACACAUCCCAAGCACAUCGCCUUCCACGAUCCCCAUCUUUAUAUGGCCAAAGCCAGAAGAACCAGAUCUGUGGCUGACUUCACGAUGAUGGCGUUUCCUGAUCUCUGGGGACACUGUCCACCUCCCUCUGCUCAGUCCAUGUUGGAACGUAAAUGUGGAAUCCAAAGGAUCAAGAUAUUUGAGGAUGUCCGGAGGCUCAUCCAGCCAAGUGAUGUUAUAAAUAAAGUUGUCUUCAGUUUAGAUGAGACUUGGCCUUUGCAAGACACUGCUCCUGACUGCUUAAGGUUUUUCUCCAUGUUUGAGUCAGGAAAUCUUCGCAAAGCCAUCCAAGUGCGUGAGUUCGAGUACGACUUACUGGUCAACCCUGAUGUGAACAGCACGCAGCACCAGCAGUGGUUCUACUUCAAGGUGAGCGGGAUGCGGGCUGCCGUCCCUUACCGCUUCAACAUCGUCAACUGUGAGAAGCUCAACAGCCAGUUCAAUUACGGGAUGCAGCCAACUCUGUAUUCUGUGAAGGAGGCUCUUCUUGGCCGACCCACCUGGGUACGGACGGGCUAUGACAUCUGUUACUACAAAAAUCAUUACCGCCAGAGCGCAGCCGUCACGGGGGGAGCGUCCGGGAAGUGUUACUACACCCUCACCUGGGCCGUCACCUUCCCGCACGAUGGCGACGUCUGCUACCUGGCCUACCACUACCCCUACACCUACAGCGCCCUCACGACUCACCUGGACAUGCUGGAAAAAAGCGUGAACCCCAGGCAGGUCUACUUCCGGCAGGAAGUUCUCUGCCAGACGCUCGGAGGAAAUUCAUGUCCAUUGGUGACCAUCACCGCCAUGCCCGAGUCCAACAGUGCUGAGCAUCUGGAGCGGUUCCGGCAGCGCCCGUACCAGGUGCUCACUGCUCGAGUUCACCCAGGAGAGAGCAAUGCCAGCUGGGUGAUGAAGGGGACCUUGGAGUUCCUGGUCAGCAGUGACCCUGUGGCUAGGCUCUUGAGGGAAAACUUCAUUUUCAAGAUCAUCCCCAUGCUCAAUCCAGAUGGUGUCAUCAAUGGCAAUCACAGAUGCUCCCUGAGAGGGGAGGAUUUGAACAGACAAUGGCUGUCUCCCAGUGCGCAUCUCCAGCCCACGAUUUACCACGCCAAAGGGCUCCUCCACUACCUGGGCAGCGUCGGCCGGAGGCCCGUGGUCUUCUGUGAUUUCCAUGGUCACUCCCAAAAGAAGAAUGUGUUCCUGUAUGGUUGCAGCAUCAAGGAGACUUUGUGGCAAGCAGAGUCCGCUGUGGGCACAUCGAAUCUCUCGGAAGAUGUCAGCUACAGGACUCUUCCCAAAAUCCUUGAUAAGCUGGCGCCGGCAUUCACGAUGAGCAGCUGCAGCUUCCUGGUGGAGAAGUCUCGAGCCUCCACAGCCCGGGUGGUGGUGUGGAGAGAGAUGGGCGUGUCCAGAAGCUACACGAUGGAGAGCAGCUACUGCGGCUGCAACCAGGGCCCCUACCAGGGUCUACAGUUUGGUACCAGCGAACUGGAGGAGAUGGGAGCCAUGUUCUGCUUGGGCCUCCUCAUCUUGGAACUCAAAUCUAUAAGCUGCAGCCAUCGGUUCCUGAGCCACGCAGCAUCUCUCCUGAACGCUGAGGAAGAGGCUCUGGACCAUCACCUCCAGAGAUCUGUCAGUUUUUCCUUCACAUGAGUUGCAGCUCUGUUGUUUGGUGCAUAUGCGUACGAGAGUGCUAUGACUUUUGGAGGUACUCGCAUUUUUAUCAUCAUAUCC